AAUAAAAUAAAAAAGCCGGCCAAUUCAAUUAGCCGUUCUCUCUCUCCAGAACCAAUCCCAAAAACCCUAGCAAAGCCCAUUUCCCUCAACCCUGAAGUGAACCCUAAAUCCUGAAAAUAUGUUACUGAAUCUCAAGUUGGUGCAGUUUCUCGAGCAAAGGAAGCUACCAAUCUGAAAGGCAUUCGAGAUCCUGGUAUUUUAUUUCUCUGCCAACUCACGUUCUUUCUUUUACUUGUUUUCCUUCUGGAUUUUUGUUACCUUUGUCAAUGAAUUUAUCAGUAAAAUGACAAUUCAUUUAUGUAAAAGCUUAAUCUUUCAUUCUCUCAAAAACCCUGCACAUCUCAUCCAUAAACCCUAUGGCCAUGGGGCUUUCUCUUUAUCUGUCCUCUUCUUUUCAUCCUUCAAAGAAAAAACCUCAAGAAUUCUUAACCCAAAAAUCAUUGCCCUGCUGAGAAAACAUGAUUUUUCAUCUGAAGCUGCUACUACUGUGGCCUAUAAAUUAGCUCAGCUGAAAAUCCCACAAAAAUAUGGCUAUAUACAAAAGUGGGAUUCGGUGUUAUCAUUCUUAAAAGAUAGUGGCUUUUCAAGAGCCCACUUGGAAACACUUGUGAAAAAAGACCCUCAAGUGAUAUCUCUUAAUCUUGACAAGUCUAUCAAGCCCAAGAUCAAGAUUCUCCAGGAUUUAGGCUUUUUAACCCCUGAUAUUGCUGAUAUUAUCUCAGUGGACCCUUGGAUUUUAGGGCGUAGUGCUAAUAAUGCAAUUGCUCCUUCGGUUAUGGUUUUGAGGAAUCUUCUGGGCUCUACUUCAGAAGUUGCUAAGGUGUUAAGGAAUGCUGGUUUCGGGGUAUAUUUGAAAUGUGAUUUGGAGAAGACCAUGGUUCCAAAUAUUCAAAUUUUGGAGAGUUGCGGGAUUAGCAAACCUAGAAUUAUCAGAAAUAUAUAUAUCUUUCCUAGGUUUUUAACACAGAGGCCACAAAGAAUGAAGAAAUUUGUUGAAAAACUCGAGAAGUUGGGAUGUGAUGCGAAAUCCAAGAUGCUUCUGCAUGCCCUUCGGAGUGUGGCCUCAAUGAGUCCUCUAACCUGGAAACUUAAAUGGGAUGCUUUCCGAGAUUUGGGAUUUUCGGAAGACGAAGUUCUAUCAAUGUUCCAGCGAAGGCCACAGGCAUUUUCUGUUUCCUGCAGGAAAAUUAAGGAGACAGUUAAUUUUUUUCUUGAUUCUGGGGCGUAUAAUUUGGAAGAUAUAUUUGACCAGCCUGAAGUGCUUACUUGCAGUAUUGAAAAGAGGCUCAAGCCCCGGCUGAAUGCUUUACAGAUUUUGGAAACUAGGAAUUUACUUAAGCAAUGGCCUAGUCUGUCAACAUUAUAUAAGACUUCCAACUCUUAUUUCUUAAAGAAAUUCAUUUUCCCUUAUGUAGAUGAAGUUGAUGAGUUUAACUUGCUAUUAAAGGGUGCAUGGGCUAAGGAUAUUUCCCAGUCUGAUUAUUCUAGAUGACAAUUUGACAGAAAGACUCGAGACCAGAUCUUUGCCAUCUUUCCACCUGACCACAUUUGAAGUCUCUAAGUCAAACUGCAGCUGAUCAAAAACAGUUUGUCUAUCCAAAAGUAAAUGAUUAGUGCUUCGUGGCAUCUCUUGUAAACAUUAUAAUCUUUCAAAUCUUGUAAUCUUGUAAGGAUUGAGAUGUUUUACUGAUUUUUGCUAAAGAUAGCCUGCUGAUUAAUCACUCUGUCUGAUUAUUGUUUAGUGCUCUUAAGUUCUUUAAUUAGUUCAUGUAGGUGGGUGCAUUAUCUUCAUGUAUAUCUAUUUGAUACUUUGUAUGCAGUCUCCAAAACAUGAGAAAGAUAAAACUGUGUUCCUUUUAUUGUUGUCUUUCAAGUUCAGUGAGUAAUAUCAUAGACUUGGAUGUUAUAACGUUAAGAUGAGUGCUAGGAUGUACCCUUGCAAGAAACAACCCUGCAGAUGCUUCCAAUCAUGCACUUUUGGCAAGAUAAAAGAGGUGCUCUCUCGUAGCAUCCUCAUAUAAAUUCCGCUCAGCAACGGAUGACACUUUUUGCCAUCAAUGACUUUUGAGGGGACAAUAAAUUGGAAUGAUAUCAAUACAGAUGUAACUGGACUGGAGGUUCAUCAGAAACUGUGCAGGCAAGGGAUUCUUUUCUUUUUUUAGCAGAAUUGUGAUAUUGCGAAGUAAUGGCUCUUUGUUUAACUGCAGGAGAAUUUUUAGUCGCCAUUGACAUUGAGAAGUUCUUCUUAACUAGUCACAAAGUUUAGAAUCUGGUUAUCCUCCGGUAUCAGUACAUGUGAACAUUCGAAUCUUUGAGAUUUUCAUGCAGAAACAAGGAUUUUGUACUCAUCAAGAAGUGCAUUUUAUUAAACUUCUGCCCCUUUGGAACUGUAAUCUACCAGAUCCCCUACAUUCAGCAACAUUGAUUUAGAAGAAACAUAGCAUCUACUUACAACUACUUGAUGUCUUCUUGAUUUCUGAGCACUAUAAAGCGUCCUUGUUUUUCUCGUUGAGAUCUAUUUCCUUAAAUUGCAACUCUUUGUGCUCAAGGCUUUCCUUAAACUUGCCAUGGUUUAUGCUAGGUUUUCUGAGAAAUUGAGAUAUUUGGAAAUGGGACUCGUGUGACGCUAUACUGAAGCGCAGAAGUUCAAGUACUUGGUUGUGAUUCCAUUGUCUUGCAUUUGAUCUCUCCAGAGGAGAUCGUCACUGCAUGAGUUCAGGUGCCACUGAAGAAAUAGCAAUAUAAGAGUGAAAGAAGGCUCCUAUUUCUUGUCAGUAUAACAAUCCUCUGUGUUUUCAAUAGCGAAUUUAACCAGACACAGGUAGGGAAGGAUAGCUGCUCAUACAGAUACCUGCAUUUACUUUGAUUUACCUUGUAUAGAAAUUCGAAAACCCAAGAAGGACAAAGAUCUGCAGCACCGGUAGAGCAUAUGGAAGAGAUUGUGAAGACGUAAAAGCAACUGCUGGCAAAGAGUCAGGAAAGCAUCCUACAUUGCUUCCUUGAGUAUUACAGUAAGGCAUGACACGACUCCAUUACAUCAGAAAAACCAAAGUUUGCAAAGAAUGUGGAGCAUACCAUAAGAAUGACCAUGUCUGCCCAAGAACGAGCCCGAAGGCUUAUCUAAUCACACUACUAUAACCCUUGUUUCAAAAGGCGGCCGUCCAGUUAAUAUAUAGUCUUUGAGACUUCCCAGUGGAUGGAAGCACCUUGGCUUGCUGCUAUGCAGCUGUGGGGAGAACCGGAGAAACAAAAUGUUAAAUAGGCUUUAUGUGCAAUGAUCUGUAUUUAUUGACACAUGGUUAUGGUCGAUUCGUACUUUAAGCUUUAAUGGUACUCGAGUUUCGAGGAUAGAUUAGUUUCCAUUGCAUGUAGUAUUAGAUAGUAGAUUGUUUUAGAAAAGAUUGCCAAUUGAGACUACAUGUUCAAUUUUGUCCGAUCAGAUUUUUCUGAGUCAUGUCUGGUAGGCAUGAUUGAUUGUUAUUCUCGUACAGUGGAACGUAAUCAUUGGUAAUGAUGUACUGCUAUCAUGGUUUUCUUGUGUUUUA